AUGCUGCCGAUUAAAUUGUUUCUGUUCCUUGUGCUUUUCAUCAUCCACAACACGUGUGGCCUUACAUCCAAGCAAUCGGUUUCUUUUACGGAUUUGAAUACCAAGGAUCCACCGACUGACGCAACAACUAAUAAUCAAAACCCUGCGGACCUGUUUCAUAUAAAUCUCAGUGUACCCGUACUAAAAACGCUCGCUCAAAAAAAGCCUUAA